AUCAUUCGCGCUGUCGAGGCGCCCGUUCUUGACACGACGUACGUACUCCAGCUCAUUGGGUCGCUCUACCUGGUUCAAGUGACGGCCGCGUUCGUCAAGGGUCAUUUGACGUACCUCAACGACGUCAUUGGCAUCCAGUUCUCUUCAGCGCUGCGCUCGAUGCUCUUCAAGAAGGCUCUGCGCUUGGACGCCGCGUCCAAGAAGGAGAAGACCGCCGGUGAUAUUGCCAACCUCUUUUUGAUCGACACCUACAACGUCAUGAGCUUUGCGACAAGCAUCCACUCGAUGUGGAUCGUACCGCUUCAAAUCGCAAUUGUCCUCCAUCUCCUCUACACGAUCGUGGGCUGGGCCAUCUUUGUCGGCCUCGGCGCCGUCGUUCUCAUCCUGGUCAUCAACGGCAUCUUCGCCUGCCUCAUGGCUAGCGAGCAAGAACGCUGUUUCAAGCUCAAGGACGACCGCAUGAAGGUCAUCAACGAGAUCUUUGGCGCGAUUCAGAUCAUCAAGUUCAACGCGUGGGAAGAAAAGUUCCUCGCCAAGAUCCGCAACCUCCGCGUCAUCGAGUUUGAAUCGACCAAGAAGCUCAUGCGCAUCAUCGUUGUCCUCAUCUCGUUCAUGAACUGCACCCCCGUGCUCGUCACCGUCGUCGUCUUCGCGACGUUCACGCUCUGGAUGCAGCAAGCACUGACGGUCACGAUCGUCUUUUCGACGCUCGCGCUCUUCAAGUCGCUCCAAGAUGCGCUUGUGAACCUCCCGAUGGUGAUUUUGGCCAUGGUCCAGUCGCUUGUUUCGGCCAAGCGCAUCAACGACGUGCUCUUGAUGGACGAAGUGGACCCGACCAACGUCUCGACGCCGUCCGACCCGAUCGCGUCCGUCUACGCCAAGGACCAGGUCGUGCUCGCCAUCGACAAUGCCUCGUUCACGUGGGACAGCACCACGACGCCCACGUUCACGAACGUCAAUCUCCGCAUCACGCGCGGCGAGCUCGUCGUGCUGCAUGGCGCGGUCGGCCAAGGCAAGUCGUCGCUCUGCUCGGCGCUCCUCGGCGAGAUGCAAAAGCUCACUGGCUCGGUGUUUGUCGGCGGCCAAGUGGCCUACUUUGCGCAGCAGGCUUGGAUCCAAAACACCACGAUCCGCGAAAACAUUCUCUUUGGCAAGCCGUACGACCGCAGCACGUACCAAAAGGUCCUCGACGCGUGUGCGCUGCAGAGCGAUCUCGCGUCGCUGCCGGCCGGCGACCGCACCGAGAUUGGCCAGAAGGGCAUCAACCUCAGCGGCGGCCAGAAAGCGCGCAUCGCUUUGGCCCGAGCUUGCUACAGCGACGCCGACAUCUUCAUUUUGGACUCGCCCUUGUCGGCCGUCGACGCGAUCGUGGCCAGCGAGAUCUUCACCAAGUGUUUCCUCGGCCUCUUGGCCAAGAAGACAGUGCUGCUCGUGACGCACAACCCCGAGAUCAUCGAGUCGGCGGCGGUCGCCCGGACGCUGCUGGUGCAAGACGGCCGGCUCAUCGAGUCAACGCAUGACUCGCCGCGCACGCGUCAAGAAGCAACGUCGGCGGUGACGCCGCUCAAGGCCCGGACGCCGUACUGGGAAGAGUCGGAGAUCAUCGAGUACCCGGCGCCGGGGCCGCGCCACGAGAUGCUGGUGACGCCGUCGCUGCGCACGCCGUACAGCUACAACGCGCGCGAGAUGCUGUACACGCCGCGCGAGCCGGCUGCGGGAGAGUCAUUUGAAGAGUCGGGUCGUCUCAUCGCCGACGAAGAGCGGGCUGAAGGGCGUGUCUCCAAGGAAGUCAUCUACGGCUACGUUCAAAGCAUUGGCGGCGCCCCCGCGGUCGCUGCGAUCAUCGUCUUGACGCUGUUGACGCAAGUGCUCAAGGUCGGCAGUGACUUUUGGCUCACGUAUUGGUCCAACAACGUCCAGCAGGGAGCCAACGCCACCAUGACCGUCGACAGCAACAUGGACAUUUACGCGGGCCUCGCCAUCGGGAGCUGCCUCAUGGUGGCAGCGCAGACGUAUCUCGUCGUGGAGCUCGGCCUCGUCGGGUCCCAGCGCAUGUUUGACGGCAUGUUGCGCAGUCUCUUGGAGGCGCCGAUGCGCUUUUUCGACACCAACCCGAUCGGGCGCGUCCUCAACCGGUUUGGUGACGACAUCAUGGCAGUAGACUUUGGCAUCCCGCUCUCGCUCGGCCCGAUGCUGUUUGAAGUCUCGUCGACGCUCGCGGCGCUCGGCACGACGAUCGUGCUCAUGCGCUGGCUCGGGAUCCUCGUGCUGCCGCUUCUUUACAUUUACAUCACUCUCGGUGCGUUCUUCUUGGAGCCGCUGCGUGAAGUUGGUCGCAUUUUCAAAACGACGCGGUCGCCGCUUAUCAGCUCCGUCUCGGAAGGCAUUGACGGCUCGACGACGAUCCGCGCAUUUGGCGACAAGCAGCUCCGCCGCUUCUACCGGCUCAACACGCAAAAGAUCGAGACGUAUUCUGAAGCCCGCGUGGCCAUCACCGCCAUCACCGUGUGGUUCUCGCUGCGUAUGUCGCUUCUCGGUAGCACGAUUGUCGCGCUCAUUUUGCUGGCGCUCGUCUUCCUCCACGAGUCGGUGAGCCCCGGGAUCGUCGGCCUCUUGAUCACAUACGGUCUCUCGAUUCCGGGCACGCUGGCCUUGCUUGUCGGCCUCUGGUCCCAGCUCGAGACGUCCAUGAUCGCACCCGAGCGCAUCCAAGAGUACAUUGCGAUCGAGUCCGAGGGCGCCCGCGUCACCUCUGUCGCCACCGCCAACUGGCCCACGACCGGUGUCGUCACCUUUGACAACGUCAGCUUCCGCUACAAGCCUAACGACCCGCUCGUGCUCAAGCACGUCUCGUUCGAGGCAAGAGCAGCCUCAUGA